AUGCAGAAACUGGUGUAUGAAAACUACAGCCGGUUCAUGAGUGCAUCCAAAACUGUCCGCACCCUUCAAGAGAACGUGGGUGACAUGGAAACCCGCAUGUCCUCCCUUCGGGAACGGAUCCAAGUGGUUUCGUCUGUCACGGACACAAUCGGCAGUAAUCUGGACGGAAAUCGCAGCAAAGUGGACAAGCUCGUGAGCGUCCGUCGUCUGUUGAAGAAGCUCCAGUUCCUCUUCGACCUCCCGCUUCGUCUGCAGCGCUGCGUGGAGCUGGAGGCCUACGACCAAGCAGUGGACUACUACACCUCGUCCACGAUGGUUCUGAACGACUAUCGCCACCUGCGCAGCUUCAGCACGAUCCAGGAUUCGGCGGACACGAUCAUGAACUCGCUCAAAACGAAGAUGCUGACGACCAUUCAAGAGCCCGACGUGCGCAUGACGCAGCUGGAAGACUUCGUGCGGUUGCUGAUGAAGCUGGGGCACCCGACGGCGGACCUGUCUACGAUCUAUCUGAACUACCAUCGCGAUCGGCUGUCCGCGAUCAUCGAGAAAUACCAGAAGCUGGCGCCUCUGAGCGAAGACGAGAAGGAAAUCAUCGCGCUGAGCGGAUCCGAGCAGGAGGUCGAGGCGCUGCGAAGCAAGCAGAAGGUCACCAGCGAGUAUCCGCUGCUCCAGUUCAUGGGCAUGCUCGAGAAAGUGGGGAAACGGGGAAACGGUGAGGGGUAG